UACUACAAUACCAUAAUCAAAGUUUUAUUAAAAAAUAUUAGAUAACAUUUCGUGGAUACAGCGAAAUAUAUUAUGCAAGUAAUAGAUUAUAAAACCAAGCCCUGCGACAUGAAAAGCUGUUGUAAGGAAAAAAGUAAUUGCUUCAAAUACCAUGAUGGAGUUGACAAAAGACGCCCAGUUUUUAGUUACACUGGGGCUCUUAACUACAAACCUAUUCUCUGCCCAAAUAUCAGUUUAUAUAGCAAUAUUAACACACCUUUACUUGAAAAAGAGCAUUCGUUAAAACAUAGGGUUUGCCCUUUUUUGGAUGAUUGUAACUAUUCUCAUAACAACUAUGAAAUAGCUUUCCACCCGGAUGUCUACAAAAAAAAGCCCUGUCUUUAUAGUUUAGACAAAUAUGGACAUUGCCCAGCUUUAGGAAAGUACUGCUGGAAACAGCAUUUAGAAGAGACGUAUAAAUUUCACUGUAAAGAUCUUAAUGUUUGGAAUGGUUUCUCUAAAACCUACGAGUUUAACUGCUUUGUCGAUAAAAAAAUUAGCAGCAGUUGCAAAAGUCCAGAAAAUUGCCGUACCUUCGAUAUUCAUGAAAGAUAUGAAGAGCUAACGAAGUACACUCCUAAUGGAGGGUCUCCCUCUGCUUAUGGUCGCCCUGAUAUUCAUCAUCUUUACAACUAUAAUAUGAAAAACAGCAACAGAAAUAGAAACGGCUAUCAUCAGGACUCAUUUUGCACUUUCCAAAAUAAAAAAAAUUUAAUUGUUGAGGAAAAAGUGGAUAUACUUGGCUAUGGAACGCGUGGUUAUGGAAGCAAGGAUAGCGAGUUUUUAAAUAAAGAACUUAGUAAUGAAAAAAUUAAAAAGAAUAUCAUGCAAAAAAAGAUGGGGAACCUUAUAACAAAACUUAAACUCUAUGAACGGCAUUCGGGUUGCCCCGGGUGUCUUUCAAUUGGAGCUAGCAGCACGUGUUACAGUUUACCAUGUGCGCAUAUACUCUGCCACCGAUGUUGUAUACACAAUAUGAGUGGAAGUGGAGAUGGCACACUGCUUUGUCCAAGGUCUAAUUGUCAGCCCUAAAUUUCAAUAAAACGCUGCUGGUUACAAAAGUUUAUGGUAGAGCAAAUUAGUGUUUAAGGUAAUUAUGG